AUGACCGAUAGCGACCCUAAAACAGACUCUCUCGACGUCAAUACCCUCUCCUUCAAACUACCCUCUUUUACACUGAGCAACCCCCGGGUUUGGUUUCGUCAAAUGGAAGCGGUUUUCUCAACGAGUCGCAUUACAAGCGAACGCACCCGCUACUCCUAUGUGGUGCAAAGUCUCCCCUUCGACGUUGCCGUCGAUGUUAACGACCUCCUCGACCCUAUUCCUGUAAACGACUCGUACACCCAGUUACAGAAUGCCGUCAUCCAGAGAGUGGCCAAGUCGGCCAAGCGGAUACUACGGGAGUUGUUCACACAGGUAGAACUGGGAGAUCAAACUCCUUCACAGCUUAUGCGCCACAUGCGCUCAUUACUGGCUGGUCGUCAUAUGGACGACGAUAUUUUUCGACAAAUCUGGUUGGAUAAGUUGCCGGUUCCCAUGCAGCAGGUUUUGUCUAUGCUGGGCAUUAGCGUCUCUCUAGACAAAUUGGCCAAUCAUGCCUAUAGGACCAGUGAAUGUAACCCAGUCGGUGCGACAGGCGCCAAUAUUCAACUGACCUCGGUGCCCGACAGCUCGGAUAGAGUAGCCAUCUCCUGUCCAGAAGGCACUCCUUCAUUGGACGCUUGUGUGGAGCGCUCGGCCUGUCGUUGUUCAUCACGCAGAGACACCACACCAACAGGCCCGUCAAGACAACUUUAUAGUCCCCACCGCGGUGACUAUGAUGAUCUAAGAGACACUGUACGUCUUCUUUGCACACAAGUGAGCACAAUGUGCACUGCCAUUAACAACUUACAGUCGUCCUCAAACCGGUCACCCUCACGCCGUCGUUCUAUAUCUCGCGAACGCCCUCUACAAUUCUGUGUUGAUAUCAUCGCGUUUGCGGUCCGGAAGCACGCAAGUGCAUUCCUCCCGGCACAUACAUGCAGCCCUCACCACAGGGAAACGACCGCACCAGCCAGUAACGGCGACGGCUGCCGCUGGCCAGUCACGACCCAGUCGCCUCUUCUAUAUCAGUGAUAAGACGAGCGGCCUCCGUUUCCUUGUCGAUACUGGUGCCGAGAUUUGUGUGAUCCCGCCUCCAAGGCGCCACCAUCUCAAACCUUCGCAGUUUUCCUUGCAGGCUGCCAAUAGCACCACCAUCAACACUUAUGGUCAACGGACGCUCAUACUUGAAAUCGCUCUUCGGCGACGUUUCCAGUGGGUCUUUGUGCAGGCCGACAGGCGGGCAGAUUUCCUAACUCAUUUUGGCCUUGCAGCCAAUCUCAAGCAUCGCAAACUUAUCGAUACCACAACUGCACUCUUUACCGUAGGGAUUGCUGCUUCUGAACCUUCAGUUAGCAUCCAAUUGAACGUACCAAGCUCACCCAUCGCUGACAUUUUGAAUGACUACUCGUCCUUCACUAAGCCCAGUCGGUUCACUGGGGAGGUUCAGCAUACGGUUAAACACCACAUCAUCACCACGGGCAACCUGUCUACGCUCAUCGUCGCCGUCCUCACCCCGAAAAACUUCGGAUAG